AUGAGGAUUAUUAGAUAUUUAAAGAAUGCUCCGGGUUCUGGUAUGUUAUAUGUUGUUGAUAAUUCCUUCCGCAUUCAUGCAUAUUCUAAUUCUAAUUGGGCUACUUGUGUCUUUCUUGGAAUUGCUCUUAUUCCUUGGAAGUCAAAGAAACAAACCACCGUUUCCAAAUCUUCUUCUGAACCCGAAUACAGCCAUGAUAGUAGUCAUAGAGUUCAUGCUAUUCACAUAGAUGAUUUGGAGAUAGAAAGACAAUUACAAGUUCUUAACAAACCCCCACACAAGAGUAUUCAAACAGAGUUUGGAUACAUUGUUGAUUGCGUUGAUAUUUAUAAACAACCAGCAUUUGACCAUCCUUUAUUAAAAGACCACAAAUUACAGAGAAAACCUAGUUUUCAAAAUCCAUUUAAAAAGAUUAGCGUGAAUAAUUCAUCAAAUGAAUUCAUAUUUGGACUUCAAAAAGAAAAAUGUCCAAAGAGAACUGUUCCUAUUCGAAGAACAACAAAAGAUGAUCUUAUUCAAGGAAAACCAUUUAUCUAUAGUCAAAGCUUAGUUCAAGAUGCUCCUGGUCUUCAUCUGGCAGAACUAUAUGUGAAUGAACAUUUGGGUCCUUAUUAUCAAGUUAAGGGAAGAAGCAGUGUUUAUAAUCCAAGAGUUCUUAAGAAGAAUGUAAAUCAAGAAAGCCUUUCUCAUAUAUGGGUUGAGAACGAUCAAGGCACUAACAAAAUUGCAUUUGGAUGGCAUGUGGCUCCACAAUAUCAUGGUCGUGACACUGGAACUUAUAUCUUCGCAGCAUGGACAAUUGACAAAAAGUAUAUACAUUUUCAGGAUCCGCAAACUAAAAAUUGGUGGUUGAAUAUCGCUGGGCAAGAUAUUGGAUAUUAUCCAGCAAAGUUAUUCCGAAACAUGGCCGCAGGAGAUCGAGUGGGAUGGGGCGGAAGAACACUGACUCCUCGUGGGCUUCCUAGUCCUCAGAUGGGAUCUGGAAAUUUUCCAGAUGGGAACUUUCAACAUGCAGCCUACUUUAAGGGUAUGUCAUUUUCAAAUGAUAAAAGGAGAGAUGUCGAACCUAACAAACACGAUACAGAGAAAAUCGUCGACAAAUCUGAUUGUUUUGAUCUCGAAUUCUAUUAUGGUCUCCAAGACUUCGGAGAUUCUCUCCAAUAUGGAGGACCCGGUGGCGUCUGUGGCGAUUGA